CAUCGCCACGCGCCACACGAAGCACGGAGUCGGUUCUCGAGCACGUUGAUGUUUUUUAUGAUUUAGCUGCAAACGGCUCAUUAUCUGCAUCACCCGGACAGCCUGACUCUGAUCAGAAAUGUCUGUGACCGAGAUGUUCAGUUAUAUUCAGGGCUUCCUGAGCGCCGACCAGGACGUCAGAGAGGAUAUCCGUAAGGUGGUCCAGACAUUGGAGCAGACUGCCAGGGAAAUACUAACGGUACUCCAGAGUGUCCACCAGCCAUCUGGAUUCAAAGAAAUUCCCAGUAAAUGUGCAAAGGCACGGGAGUUGUUCAGCACAGUCAGGACACAAAUUGCAGACCUAAAAACAAAAUUUCCUGUGGAGCAGUAUUACAGGUUCCAUGAACAUUGGCGGUUUGUCCUGCAGCGUUUGGCUUUCUUAGCAGCCUUUGUUGUCUACCUGGAGACUGAAACUCUUGUGGUUCGAGAGGAAGUGGCCCAGAUACUCGGCAUUGAAGUGGUGCGAGAGAAAGGCUUUCACCUGGAUGUGGAGGACUACCUGGCAGGGGUGCUGAUCAUGGCUAGUGAACUGUCACGGUUGGCUGUAAACAGUGUCACAGCAGGAGACUACACCCGGCCGCUCCGCAUCUCCAACUUCAUCAACGAGCUGGACUCAGGCUUCCGCCUGCUCAACCUGAAGAAUGACCCGCUGCGGAAGCGCUACGACGGCCUCAAGUAUGACGUGAAGAAGAUCGAGGAGGUGGUUUAUGACCUGUCAAUUCGCGGCCUGGCCAAGGAGCCAGAGUCUGGCAUGGACAAGUAGAGCUGAGAGGUGUUGAAUGGCUGUAGGAGACGGAGGAGAAGGAGGAGGGACCUCUCCACGGCUGCUGCACCUUACCCCACUGGGAAGGCAAAACCCAGGGAUCCACCUGAGGCCCCAGCAGCUGAAGACAGACUGUGUGAGUGUGUGUUUGUGCGAAUGCAUGCGUGAGAAGUGCUUUAGAUGGAUGGCAGUCUGUCAGAAGGGUGGCAGAGACGACGACUGAGCUUGGCACCCUUGUUCAGUGGCUUUAGAUUGAAAGGUUCAGUUUGUUGCUGGUUUUCAGAAAUCUCAGCUUCAUCUGAUGUUAUUGUUUCACUGAGUUUGUUUUGCAACUGUUUGAUCUAAUUUGCCACAGUCACCUUCAGUUACAUUAUAUUGAUGUUUAAUUCAUUGGAAAAGAUAGGCGGAGAUCAGAGUGGAGUGUCCCAUCCAUGCAGAGCUUAUUUUUUGUCGAUGUUUGUGAUGUUUAGUUGCAAAAAAAAAAAAACAAGAACUGUGUUUGUGUUGUUCACCAGAUGAGUCCACGCCUGGUGGCAUUUCUUAGGACUGAAUUAUUGUCAAAAAAAAUACAGCAAUCCAGGAGCCUCAUUUAUGUGGGAAUAUUUUUGCAACAAUCAGACGAGUAAAUCAAGAGUCCAAAAAUACAGAAGGCAGUAAUAACCAAUGAAUGUCUUACAGCAUUCUUACCAGAUUUUGAUCAUUUCUUACUUUCAUGAAGAAGCCUUUGUUUGGAUUUUGAUUAUUAGCACCUAACCUGCAUAUACAGCAGCUACCUAAUUUUUUUAAAAUGAGGCUCCAGGUGGGGUAGAGCCAAAGAAAUGAUAAAGAUGCACUUCAUAUGACAUAAAGCUACUGUGUUUAGUUGGGGGGGGGGGGGGGGAAUUUUUUCAACAAACGGUGCCAAUAAACAUGUCUGUUGAGCCUUUUUAAAAUUUUGAUUGUCAGGUGAAGCUUUCUCUGGAACUCCAUGAGCAAAUACAAAGUAGUCAGAAUGUCAUGUACUGCAUGUUAACAGUUUUUCUUGUUUUUUUUUCCACUUAAAUGUCUUCGCAGGUUUGUUUCUACUCUCAACAUCCACGCUUCUGUUUGCUUCUAUACUGUAGUGGAGCUGGAUUGUAUUUUCUAGAAAUGAUUCACUUUCACUCUUUUCCAUCUUGUGAUAAGUGCAUUCCACUUGUACUGUAUGUAUUCAUGUCUUUGAAUCAGUUGUCCUAAAGAUGCUUAAAAUUACUGUAAAUAUAUUUCUACAUUCUA